CAUAAUUUAAUUAAAUGUGUAAGAUUCUUAAUCAUCAAUAGAAAACAAGUAAAGCUCAAAAAUUCCAAAAUUUGUUGACAAGUGAACAUUAAAUUGUGUAUCUUUAACAUUUCUUCGAGUUUUUCACGAUUCAGAUUAUCUCAGAAAGUCAUGAUUGACAGUUUGCUCACUGAUAGUUUCUUAAUAGCGUUAAAUGUUUGUAACUGACUUGUUAAUUUCUUGACAAUGGAUCGUUUAAUGUAUGAGAGAAUGCGUUAGUGAAAUUGGUUUAAAUGAUUCUUUCAGAGCUCAGUGACUAGACUGACUGACCGAGAAUACAAAUUGUCAUAUAGUUGCUAAUUGAUCUGAUUUAAAUGCGGCUUCCUCAUCUCUCUCUCUCUCGAUCUAUAUCUUCGUUUCUGUAAAUAAAUGGAAAGUCAAAAGAAAGUGACUGCAUCGCUGAAAGGUGUGAGAAUGCUUUUGACUCAGUUCUAUACUAGACCUUGCCACGAGAAGAGGCUGCUGUCAUGGGUACAACAAUUUUUUACUUGUUGCUCAUUGCAUUAAUCGGAAGGACUGGCUCUAUUUUCCAUGAAGAUGAUCAUCUAAAACAAUUGAGCAGAUCUCUGAUGUUCCCAGCAACAUCGCCAACUCGCGUUCAGUUCAUCGGCGGCAUUGGCAUUCCAGUGGAAGAUUUGCAUUUCGAGUCAGUCACUUCGGGCUAUGUCCUAAAGACGGAAUACUUUUUACCCACCACUGCACAGGAGAUAACCCGCGUGUAUAUGAAGCCUCAACCCAUUACGGGCAGACAUGAUGAAUCCAACUUUGGGUCGACAUAUCGUUGGAUAAUCUAUCGCAGCAUCGAAAUGGUGCUAAGGAAUAUGAAUCUACCGGGAAGACCCUGUCUUUUGAGAGUAAUAUGCGAACACGCCGCUCAUCCUUUAACCCACGAAAGUGGAUUACUUGGAGAGUUGCUUCACAUCGUAUUAACUCCAUCAAGCUCAUCGGAUUCUUAUUCUCUGCAUACCGAUCGGGAGUAUUUGACUGCAGAGCGAUUCGGCAAGCGCGGUGGAAACUGCGUCUCUGCCUAUGGCCAAAAGUGUUCGAAAUCUCCAAUUGACUUGGUUACCAUGUUGAUGUGAUAGAAAUCAGAAUUAAUCCCAAUAUUGUGAUAGAAAUAAAAGUGUGUUGCUUUCAAUAUUUCAAAACGUGUUUGCUGACAAUUAAAUAGAUUAUU